UUCACUUCACUUCUCCAGGACCUCCUCAAGACUCUUUUUAACCUUUUUCUCUCUCCUCAAUUCAUUUCUUUCAUUUUCUCUCUCCUCCAUUGAAGGAUCACUCUUUCUCUCUCUUAUUCUUCUCUUUUUUCUUAAUCUUUGAAAAACUGUUGCAUUUGAUAUCUAUCUUCUGUUUUCUCUGUCCUCUUUCUGAACUUUUUCUCUUUCUUCACUGAACUCUGUCAUUGCAGAUUUCUUACCGAAACCCUAAUCAGUGGGAAAAUCAUGCUGAUACUGAAAUUUAAGGGGAAAAGAGUUUGAAGAUUGAAUUGGAUAAGUUAAUUUGGGGAUUUGAAACGGAAGUUAGUUUAACGCUUGCUUCGAUUUGGGGAUUGAAGUAGUGAGCAGAGGUUGAUACUUAUUAGCGCGAGAAUUUUUGUUUCAGUCUUUUGCUGAAAAGAGGUGAUUUGAGUUCUAGAUCGAGGUGAAAUUCUUGCGGAAGGAAAAUCUUUAGUCUAUCUUGAAAUUGGAAGUUUAAUCAAGGUUUUGCUGGAAAUUGAAUUAAUUCGAGAUUAUAUUUGUUUCAAGAUUCAAUUUUAAAUGCGAGGUUAAGUUGGAAGUUCCAAGGAAAUGAUUGGGAUAUGUGUUGACUUCUGCAAAUGUGAGUUAGUUGAGCUGGAACAGAUCUUUGUGGUUGUUCUAGGUUGUUCUGGAAGUGAUUGUUGCGGAGUUUAGUUGAUAAUUUGAGUUUAAUUUGAGACGGAGUUUAGCUUGUGAAAAUGGUGGGUGGAAGUCCACAUGAUAAGGGUAGUGCACGGGGCGUUUCGCAGGGGCUUCUUCCUGCUCUAGCUCCAGUUCUUCUUAUCUCAAUUGGGUAUAUUGACCCUGGCAAGUGGGCUUCUUGUAUCGAUAGUGGCGCUCGAUUUGGAGUUGAUCUGGCGGCAUUUGCAUUAGUCUUCAACUUUGUGGCAGUUUUGUGUCAUUAUUUAUCAGCUCGAGUUAGUUUGGUCAGCGGAAAAAAUCUCGCCCAGAUUUGCAGCGAAGAGUAUGACAAACUCACGUGUUUUUUUCUGGGAAUUCAAGUCGAGCUGUCAGCCAUUGCUUUGGAUCUUACUAUGAUUAUUGGCAUGGCGCAUGGACUCAACAUGAUUUUUGGCUUGGAUUUGUUCACUUGUAUCCUUUUGACUGCACUAAAUGUCGUGCUAUAUCCACUUUUUUCCACCCUGCUGGAAAAUACCAAAGUGAAGUUCCUGGUAGUUUGUGUGGCAGGAAUAACAUUUGCUUGCUAUGUGCUUGGGAUGCUACUCAGUCUACCUGAGUUUCCGGUUCCUUCAAAUAGUUUGUUAUCAAAGUUGAGUGGUGAGAGUGCUUUUGCUUUGAUGGGUCUACUUGGAGCGAAUGUCAUGCCUCACAAUUUUUACCUCCAUUCUUCCAUUGUACAGCGGUAUCAAGGGCCAGUCUCCAUGCUAAAGGGUUUGAGAUCUCAGGAUAAUUUUAUCAUUAGCCUCACCAUAUCCAGUGGCAUAUUCCUGGUGAAUUAUGUACUCAUGAAUUCAGCUGCUAAUGUAUCUUACAGUACUGGCCUUGGUUUGCUUACCUUUCAAGAUGCGAUGUCUCUACUUGAUCAGGCAUACAGGAACCCAAUAAUACCCUUUGCCUCAUUUGUGAUUUUGUUUUUGGCCAACCAAAUAAUGGCAUUAAGCUGGGAAUUUUGUGGAGAGGGUGGAGAAACAAUGUUGCAUGAUUUCUUUAAAAUGGAUCUUCCUGAGUGGCUUCAUCGUGCUACUAUUAGAAUUUUCGCUAUUGUCCUUGCGCUAUUUUGUCUGUGGCAGUCAGGAGCUGAAGGAAUGUACCAUAUGCUGAUAUGCACCCAGGUCAUGGUGGCUCUUCUGCUGCCAUCUUCUGUGAUCCCUCUUUUCCGAAUUGCGUCAUCGAGACCUAUUAUGGGUUUGAAAAAAAUUUCACCUAUUCUGGAGUUUGUAGUCCUUAUGAUAUUCAUGGGAAUGCUGGGUUUAGAGAUGAUAUUUGUCGUGGAGAUGAUUUUUGGGGAAAGUGAUUGGGUUGGUAACUUGCGUUGGAGUAUGGGGAACGGUGCUACAUCUAUGGCUUAUGUCUUGCUCCUUGUUACUGCUUGCACCUCACUUAGUUUUAUGCUCUGGUUGGCAGCCACUCCUCUCAAAUCUGUAACAGCUCAAUUGGACUCCCAGCCUUGGAACUGGGAUUCUCAGCAAGUUGCACCUGAAUCAUAUACACAGAGAGAGGGAAAUGAUUUUACUGAGCCUAGAUUUCCUGAGGAACUUGUUAAUAAGCCAGAAUCUUUGCCAGUGCAGGAGAAGUCCUUGCGUAGCCAUCCAGACUUGACAAUUCCAAAUUACGACAUUAGUUUGCCAGAGACAAUUAUGGACAGUGUUCAAGAGCCUCAUGCAACUGCUAUUGAAAAUAAUUUGGUAGAAAGUAUGGCUUUUGGCUCAUCUAAAUGUCUCCACCCAGACCCUGAGCAAUCAGCUGCUUCUGUUGAAUCCGUGCCAGUCUCUAGUGUGGUAAGUGGGCCUUCUGAUGGUCCAAUAUUGGCAUCUAGUCCUAUGAAAACUGAACCAGCUGAUCCAGUUGAGAAGACCUUGAGAAUUGAGGGAGACACACCAACUGAGAAAGAUGAUGAAGGGGAUACCUGGGAGUCUGAGGAACCAUCUAAAGAUGUGCAUGGAGGUGGCGCACCAGGUACACCCGAUGGGCCAGGUUCAUUUAGAAGUCUUGGUGGAAAAAAUGAUGAAGGUGGGGCCAGUGCUGGUAGUCUCUCAAGACUGUCAGGGUUGGGCCGUGCGGCAAGACGUCAAUUGGCUGCAGCCCUUGAUGAAUUUUGGGGACAGUUGUAUGAUUUCCAUGGCCAAAUCACACAAGAAGCAAAAUGCAAGAAAGUUGAUGUAUUGCUUGGCUCAAACUCUAAGCCUUUUGCAGAUUCAGUUGGAAAGGAGUAUGGAAUGCAGUUCCAGUCUUUGGGAGGCAGAGUAUCUGAUAAUUCAGUAAACAUGAGUUUGUAUGAUGCUCAAAAUCAGCAGAAGCUGCAAAACAGAGUAUCAGAUAAUUCAAUAAACAUGAAUUUAUAUGAUGCUCAGAAUCAACAGAAGUUGCAAAACAGAGUAUCUGAUAAUUCAAUAAACAUGAGUUUAUAUGAUGCUCAAAAUCAGCAGAAGUUACAAAACAGUAUAGAGUCAGCAUAUAGGGCACGUAAAGCAUCUACAUCAUUAUGGUCCAACCAGAUGCAGCUUCCUGACAGCUAUAUGCAGAGUUCCAAUCGCAGUAUGCUUGAUGCUGGGGAAAGGCGUUACCAGAGUUUGCAUCUCCCUCCAUCUUCUGAUGGUUUGGACUAUCAGCCUGCAACAGUACAUGGUUAUCAAAUUGCAUCUUAUCUGAACCGAAUGGCCAAGGAAAGAUCUGAUUAUGCAGUUGGUCCAUUAGAGACCGCACCUCAAAAGUCCCCGUCAUUGGUCCCAAACAACUAUCGAGAGUCUCUUGCUUUUGCUCUAGGGCAAAAAUCAACAAAUGGAUUUAGUUCUGCACAGCCAUCUAGCAUUCAGAAUCUUGCUCUACAAAGAAAUAGUGUCUUGCAAUCUGAUAAACGUUAUGAUCUUUCCUCUGCUGCAAGUGCUGAAAGUAAUACCAAGAAAUAUCACAGUUUGCCAGACAUUUCUGGACUCUCUCUUCCUCUCCGCAACUUAUAUUCAUCUGAUAGAAGUACACGAUUGGACAGUCCUAACACCCCUGUUGGUUUCGGAACAUCAGUUGGUAGGACUUCUUAUGAACCAUCCUCACUUUCGAGUACAAGGUCAAGGCUUGUGGCCCCACUGGCAUUUGAUGAGCUUUCUCCUUCUAUGGCAUAUCGAGAUGCUAUUUCAUUGAGAAUGAGUUCAGGGGCUGAUGCGUGUUCUCUUUGGUCUAAACAACCUUUUGAACAGUUCGGUGUGGCUAAUAAGAUUAGCAAUUUUGGAGCUCAGGCAGCUAGUAAUAGGUCAAUGAUGACUCAAGAGCCUCCUUCAGCUGCAGAAUUGGAGAGAAAAUUGCUGCAGUCAUUGAGGCAUUGUAUUUUGAAGCUCUUGAAACUGGAAGGAUCUGAGUGGCUAUUUAGGCCAAAUGAUGGUGUUGAUGAGGAUCUCAUUGAUCGGGUGGCUAUGAGGGAAAAAUUCUUCUAUGAAGUUGAGUCUCGAGAUUAUAAACAAUCACCCCAGAUCGGUGACUUACAGUUCUCACAUUCUGAGAGGAGGCUUGGUGCGACGGUUAAGGGUGAUGAUGCAGUUUCUGCAAAUAUGAUUUCUUCAGUCCCGCAGUGUGGAGAAGGCUGUGUUUGGAAAGCAGAUCUUAUUGUAAGCUUUGGUGUGUGGUGCAUCCAUCGGAUCCUGGAGCUGUCACUUAUGGAAAGUCGUCCAGAACUUUGGGGCAAAUACACUUACGUCCUAAAUCGUCUCCAGGGUGUUAUUGAUGUUGCUUUCUUCAAACCUCGAACUCCAAUGUCCCCGUGCUUUUGCCUUCAAAUACCUGCCUCAUAUCAGAUGAGAUCAAGUCCGCCUGUUUCAAAUGGUAUGUUACCUCCAGCUGCCAGACCAGUUAGCAGGGGAAAGGUCACAACUUCAGCAAUGCUUCUAGAAGUAAUCAAGGAUGUUGAGAUUGCAAUUUCCUGUCGGAAGGGUCGGUCAGGCACUGCAGCUGGAGAUGUCGCUUUUCCCAAAGGGAAAGAGAAUUUGGCCUCCGUGUUAAAACGCUACAAGCGCCGCUUAUCAAACAAACCAGUGGGAACAUAUGAUAGCAGCCCUGCGUCACGCAAGCUAUCCUCCUCCCCAUCUUAUGGGUCAUAGCAAGUUGCUGAACACAGUUGCUGAUUUCUGAACUGUUCAUUUUUGGAGGCGUUUCAUUCUUUUGAGUGGAGUUGUAACUGGCUUGCGAUGCUAUCUCGGUAUAACUUACAACCCCUUGUGUAUUGGAAAAGUCUAGUGGAAAUCUCAUCUUUUGAGUCUCAAUGUACACAGGACGCCUUGCUGGUACUGUAAUUGGCCAAAUGGAAGAAAGGCGAAAAUGAGUAGAGGUAUUGGUUACACCUCAUGUUUGAUGAAUAAUUAGUAGGCUCAUAAAUGCGAAUGGUUUAGAAUUUUAUUACUGAAACUAACAAUGUGCAGAUAGGGUCUCGUAAUGUUUGCCCCUUGUACCAUGAAUCAUGAUCUACCAUAAAAUAUGGGACUGGUAGUUGGUACUGCUCCAUACGAGGACUGUCGAGUUGUAGAUUAUUUAUACAUGAUGGUACUUCUAUUUCUUAUCUUUAUUGAAGCUUACUGAUUUCAAUUCUCUCAA